AUGAACUUUGUUAUUAUCUUCGCUUGCGUGGCAGCCGUGGCCAUUGCCGCCCCUCAGUACAGUUACGUCACACCUGACUCCAGCGAAGAAGUCGAAUUUGUGCCGAUCCUGAGGGACGAUCGCGUCCACGAGGAAGAUGGAACUUACAAGUUUGACUUUGAAGCUGGAAAUGGCAUCCGUUUCUCCCAGUCUGGAUCUCCUGAUGGAGACGAGGACGCUGUGAUCAAAACAGGAGAAUAUUCGUAUACUGCCCCUGACGGCACCCACAUCCACGUCCGCUUCGUGGCUGACGAGAACGGCUUCCAGCCUCAGUCCGACGCCCUUCCUGUGGCCCCCGAAGGAGGAUUGCUGAGAUCUAGUCGACAGUUUCUUUUAUUCACCGGAAACAUGAACUUUGUUAUUAUCUUCGCUUGCGUGGCAGCCGUGGCCAUCGCCGCCCCUCAGUACAGUUACGUCACACCUGACUCCAGCGAAGAAGUCGAAUUUGUGCCGAUCCUGAGGGACGAUCGCGUCCACGAGGAAGAUGGAACUUACAAGUUUGACUUUGAAGCUGGAAAUGGCAUCCGUUUCUCCCAGUCUGGAUCCCCUGAUGGAGAUGAGGAUGCUGUGAUCAAAACAGGAGAAUAUUCGUACACUGCCCCUGACGGCACCCACAUCCACGUCCGCUUCGUGGCUGACGAGAAUGGCUUCCAGCCUCAGUCCGACGCCCUUCCUGUGGCCCCCGA